GCAAUCAACCAAUUUUAAAUGGUCGUCUUUUAUUUUUAAUUGUUUGUCCUGUUGAAAGGAUUUGAUGAUUAUAUUAAAACCAUUUUUAUUAUCGAUAUUAUAUGUAUCAUGCCUCCCCGGACGGAGAUGAUUUGUAUUAAUUAAGGCAUGAUAAAAGCCCACUGGGUGUGUAAACUUUUCCAUUUGAUAAAUAGUAUCGACUGCAUAUACAUGUAAUGAGUGAUACCAAAGGUCAAAUUGAAUAUAAUUUAAGAAAAACAAGGAUAUUGAAAAUAUUAUCAAAGGCAGUGGACACGGGACAUUCGAUAAUUCAAUUUUGACAAUGGCGGAUUUAAGCAUGAAAAGUUACAAGUCUCAUGAAUCAGUAAGGGAGAGAAAUAGACGAGAGCAAAGAAGAUUUGAUCAGACUUCUGAUGGCAGAUACAAUGAAUUCAAAAUAAAGCUCAAUGGAAUUAGCACUCAGCAAAGGCUAGUAGAAAAGGACCUAGAAAGAAUACGUGCAGGAGUUCACAGACCACCGAAAAGUGCUAUAAUUUCCAGUCACAAAUCAUUCAAUCCAGCAAGUACUCGUACAUUAGCUGAAAAAAAUCUGCGGAAUAAACAAGAAAAAUCCUCAAAAAAAUCUCCAAAGAGGUCGCCUCGGCCACCAAGUGACAUUGAAAAGGUUGAAAUUAAUACAGGUAUGCUAGUAGAAUAUUUACAGAAACUUCAAGAAGCAGACGUCAUUGAUUUAGACAAUAUGAUAACCGAUAAAGUUGUUAAAGGUACGCAGCUUGUCAAUCAAAAAAUGAACUCUGACCCUGAGAUGUCGCAAAGAUCUACUAACCAAGCAGAACGAUCAGGUAGCUUUAAUAAUAAACAGCUUAAUAUACCUAUCAUACGAGAUGUAAAUAGUGCAACGAGAGGAUCGACCGAUAGCAAACUAGAUUUAAAUUCUACUUCUAAUCGAGAUCAAAGACUUUUAAAAUCUUCUCCUUUACCAAUCAUGAGUGCUCCUGAAACUGGAGCUACCUUAGAAAAGGAACAACACAGUUCUCAAAAAGCAAUCAAUAAUUCUGAAAAUUCGAAAGGAAUUGAUGCAAGCACCAGAAGAAGAAAAUCUUCAGCAGCACAAGAGGAUUUUAAUGGACAGAUUUACAAUUAUGAUUCCUUUGAAUUUGGAAAUUCAAAAGAGCAACUGAACUCAGAUAAACAAUGGGAACAAGCUAGAAACGCCAGAUAUGUACGGACUCGUGAAAAAUUAGAAAGAGACAGGGAAUUAUCAGUGAAGGAAAUAUUUGACCGAUCCAAACCUUAACUGAAUUAGAAAUUAAUAGAAAGAGGGGAUUCAUGUUCACAGGAAGUUCAUUCACAAACAGAACUAAAAGUUAUACAUCUUGCCAAGAUUUUUACUUACUGUGAUUGAAAAAAACUCGGAUGUUGAAACAUUCAAUGCACGAAAAAAUGGAUUUAACACACUCUUGUGCAUGCAACGGUACAUUAUUUCAUUUGGUUACACAGUAGUCCGUCCAUUUGUUUAUUUUUUAAAUUGUUAAACUUGUUUGCUUUUUUUUAUUUUUCUUCUUUUUUGCUUGUAAAUAGUUAAACUAGACAGUACAAUUAUUAGUUUAUAGUCCUUUUUAAACAAAAAAAUCAUCUCUUUAAAUCAUUAAUGUCUCUAUAAUAUAUAAUGCGCUUUUUACAAUUUUACAAUAAUAAGGCAAUAAAAGUUAUCUUGGUUACACAGGAUUGUAUGUUUAAAAUUACACGAUAAUAACGACAUUACAUAAGAUAGAAAUACAUUUACUUUUUAUGGUAUUUAAGAUUAUUUUACAAUAUAUUUUCUUCUCAAGAGUGCCUUCGCAUUUAAUUAAGCGAACUAUUGAAAUGCUCAUGCAAGCAAAGUAUUGUGUGUAGAUAUUUCUUCUGAGAACUGUUAUUGUCAAUAAAUUGUUAAAAAUGCAUAAUAAGAAUACGUUUUCUCCUCUUUUAAGAUUUACUUUAUAACGGUCUAUUGAUCGUUUGAUACUCUAAGGGAUUUAACAUUUGUAAUUGCAUAAUCUUUUAUAUGCAAAACACACUUGAAAGGAAAAUUUAAAGAGCGAUAAUGUCUUCAAAAUUUUAUUAAAUCCCAUUAAAAUUUAAUCCAAAACAACAUGAUAACGUGCGUAUCCUUAUUGAAGAGCAAAGCUCAACGAAAAAAAGCAACAAUAAACACUAAAAAAAUUAAUGCCUUUCCCCCAUGGAGCAAUUCUUCCUAAUCCAUCCUUUUGACCAUAUACAAUGAUAAUAUUUCAAUGUUGAUGACGAGCAUCUUUCAAGGCUUCCAUCCUCCAAUUUUAACGGGAUUAUUUGUCAGUUGUCAAUCUUCUUGCUUGGUAAACAUCUAUUUUACCUGUGAAGGGCAACAAAUGUUCGAAAGAAAGGCAUUUUACAUGUUCUUUUUCCAGGAACCAAAUAAGAUAGUUGAAGCAGGUAUGGCGCACUUGACGAUUUGUUCUCCAUUUUGUACGUCAAUCGUUUCCUUAUAAGUUAUCUUUUCAACUAUAAUAGAAUGUUUUUUCCGUUGCCAUAAAAGGUCUUGAGAUGAAAAUUUCAUUUUAUUUUCGCAAUUUUUCUGAAGAUUCAAAAAUGGAAUGUUUAACCCAAACAGGAAGUUUCUCCGACUUUGCAGUUGCCAUUGUAAUAAAUUGAGAUAUCAAACUCCAUUUAUGCAACAAAAUUUUGUUUCAUAUUUUGUUUUUCUUUAAUAAUUAGUUCUUUCUUCGACCAAGCGGCUGAACAAAUGUGUACAUUAUGCUAUAUUGUAAAAGUUAUGUUUACUAGACCACACACAGAACAAACGUUCUAGCUUAGGUAUGUUAUACUUGGUUGUGGUCCAAGUAAAAAGGAAAUUAGCUUUAUUUGAAUCAAUAUAGAUAAAGAUUGUCAUGAAAUCUUGUUGAUUUGUUGAUUGUUAUCGGUAAUUAAAAUCAUGAAUGUGAA